GUUUCUGUAUUGCCCUGGAGGCAAGUUAGCAGCAAUUCGAGGCAAGUCUAAGGUGCGUUCCACUAAAGUUAAAUGUGAUGAUUUAGUAGUAAUUUAUCAUAAAAGAAUAAAGUCAAUAAAGUAGCGAUUCAAGAAGGAAUUUGUCUAACGUUAUCGAAUAAGUACUAAUAACGAGUAUGAGGCUGAUUCUUUGAUCCGUGGGAUUGUCACACGAAGGUUAUAAACAUCUGGUUGUUGGAAUCCGAACGCUAUGAAGACUCUCUUCAACCAAGCAAGGAGAUGGGAAACAUGUGGAGGUUGUCCAGAGAUGGGAAACAUGUGCAUGUCUAAGUACAUUGAUACGAGCAAAUGCACUCUGGUAUUAAGCGUGCCUACUCUUGCCUGGACUAGCCUUUGACUCGGCCUCAUAAACUGAAGGUUCAAUUAAAUUCCUGGAGUACAGACUGUACAUGCAAAUUAAAUUUUCUUUAGAAUUUAGAUAAUUCAGAAUCUUCAAGCGAUCAAUUAUAAUGUGACAUAAUUGUUAGUCAAGUGCCAGUACAAGUGUCAUGCAGUUAGAAAUAAUCAUGUUGUACAAUAAUGAAUGACACAUGUAAUAAUAUAUAAGACGAAUAAUUAGAUUAGUAGGAUUAGUAGAAAAGAGAACAAUGUCAGUUCCUUCCUGCUCAACAAGUAAAGGAUUAAACAAUGAAACUACUAAGGAAGAAGUAGUAUAUGGAAAAUGGGAACGUUUUACUAAUUGGGUGCAUUGUAUAUGCAUCGUUACUUUUGAUCUUGAAUUAGGUCAAGCUAUAGAGGCGAUUUAUCCAAGUCAUGUUAAAUUAUCGGAACAAGAGAGAUCUAAUGUUUGUUACUUAGCCUUUCCUGAUUCCAAUUCUGGAUGUAUGGGAGAUACUCAGUAUCAUGUAAGAAUAAGACAAAGUAGUAAAACGAUGCAAGAAACUAAUGCUCUCAAGGAAUAUGACAGGAAAUCACCUUCUUUUCUACAAACUGAUAGAGAUUAUUACUGGGGAUAUGUAUAUUUCCGACAAGUGAAGGAUAAAUCGUUGCCAAGAGGAUAUUUUCAAAAGAGUGUUGUUAUAAUUACAAAACUGCCAUUUGUCAAUCUGUUCGGUGAAUUAUGUGCUUUGAUCGCGCCGGAAUUUUUCGAGACUGGAAUAGCGCUUAUGGAAGCUGUAGUGCGCGAGAUUGAUCACUGGCCUCCUCCAGUUCCAGGCCAAAUAGUUCAUUUGCCUCUUAUCGGAGUGUUAUUCCAGACAUAUAUCCCAAAUCAAAAUUACAAAGCUGUUGUUCCAACGAUUGCUGCCAUGGAGCACACAUCCAAUGUGCAUGCAACACGAAGACUGAUACUAACAUCAGCUUAUGAGGGCGAUAUGUUUCGAAGUUUAGCCAGUGUUGUUAGUUAUGUGCAUUUAUUAUGGGAAUUAGUACUUCUUAGUGAACCAAUCGUUGUAAUGGCAAGCUCACCGACUACAUGUUCCGAGAUGGUUCAAGCGCUUAUAGCCAUGAUCGCGCCAUUGAAGUACUGUGCAGAUCAUCGACCAUAUUUCACUAUUCACGAUUCGGAAUUCAAAGAGUAUACCACCGAUUCUCCGACGCCACCUGCUGUGAUCCUGGGCGUGACAAAUCCAUUCUUCGCAAAAACGCUGCAACACUGGCCGCAUAUCAUCCGGAUAAGUAACGGCAACAAUAGUGAAGAUCAGAAAUAUAAAAUCAAGAGAUCUGAAAAUCUGAAGGUGCUAGACUCGAAGCCUGGCGUUUACACUCAGUACAAAUCUUUCCUGCAGAAAGAUAAAACUAUACUGAAGAAAUUGUUCAGGGGUAUUCAAACAAAACGGCCGGGCCAAGUACAGACUGCGCUUUUGAAACGUCAUCUUAUAGAACUCACGGAGAGCUUUAUGAUUCCGCUUGAGAGAUAUAUCGCGACCCUUAUGCCACUACAAAAGAACAUAUCACCUUUUAAGGCAACUCCUACACCACAAAUGUUCAAUCCAGAUGACUUCCUAGCUAGUUUAAGCAGCUCCGGUCCUCAAUUAACUACAGGUAUAAAAGGCGAUUGGGUAGGACUCUAUAAACGAUUCUUUCGAUCACCGAACUUUUCCGGGUGGUUUCACACAAGAUAUAUGGAAUUGAGUCAGCAGUUGCAAGUUAAACAGUUAGAGAAAUUAUCACAGGCGGAUUUAAAAACGUGGGUACAAGGGAAGCAAGAGGUGGAAGUAGUCGAUAUGAUUCUUAGAAUUCGCCAGAAGUUGGAGAAAAGCUGCAUUGAUGAUGUACCAAUCGAUAAUUCAGUAAGAGAGAAACUGCGAGAGAGAAUAAAUGACAUUACGCACGUGUUGCCAGAUGAUUUAAAGGUGAUUUUAAGACAUGAAUCUUGA